AUGCCGUGCGUGCUACUCGGCCCAGUCAAUCCCCUCUGUCCCCUCGCUUCCCCACCCGAAUCCAUCCAUCCACCCACGCACGCGCCCACCUCCCCGCCGCCGGAGCGGCAGCGAUGGACGUCGCCGAGUCACCGGACCUCCAGGCGCAGCUGGCCGCGGCCGUGCACGCACUUAAUCACGCCUCGCAUCCCUCCGCACGUCUAGCCGCCAACCAGUGGCUCGUCGGCCUGCAGCGUUCGCCGCAGGCGUGGGCGCUGGCGGUCUCGCUCCUCGCGUCCGCGGAUCAUCCGUCCCCUUCCGCCGAUCUACUCUUCUUCGCCGCCCAGAUGCUUCGCCGGAAGAUCCAGUCACCCGACUACUCGCUCCCGGACAACGCCGCGCAGCUCCUCGACGCGCUCCUUGUCGCGGCCCGCCGUUUCUGCCUUGCCCCUCCCCGGCUGCUCACGCAGAUCUGCCUGGCCCUCGCGGCGCUAGCGCUCCGUGCGGAGGGAGGGGUAGACGGGCUUUUCGCUCGAAUGCCGCACCUACCCGACCCCGCCUUGCUGGAGCUGCUCACCGUGCUCCCCGAGGAGGUGGCGCAGGAUGAGAGCGGCGACACGGGGGUCGACUCCGCCACGCGGUGCAGGUUCACGCGUGAGCUGCUCACGCACGCGCCCGCCGUGCUUGAGUUCCUGCUAGCGCAGUCUGAGAAGCCGGCCGCCGCGGACGGGGUGCCCCUCCACGAGCGCAACCAUAGAAUCCUGCGAUGCCUACUGAGCUGGGUUCGCGCGGGAUGCUUCUCGGGAGCGCCGGUGUCCGCCCUCGUCGCACACCCACUUCUGACGUUUGCGUUCAACUCCCUGCAGGCGUUCUUCUCGUUUGAAGUGGCCAUAGAGGUUAUGACCGAACUUGUCAGCCAGUAUCAAGAAUUACCGCAGGCAUUUCUAAGCAAGAUGCCAUACAUCAGAGAGGUUCUUCUUUUACCAGCUCUAGCCAACAGAAGUGAGAAGAUUAUUGCUGGUCUUACUAGUUUGAUGUGCGAAGUUGGUCAAGCAGCACCUGGUUUGGUUGCAGAAGGGAGUAAUGAAGCACUUUCUCUUUCAGAUGCACUUUUGAGAUGUGUAGCUUUUUCUAGUGAAGACUGGGAGAUCGCAGAAUCCACCUUGCAAUUUUGGUGCAGUUUGGCACAUUGUAUUCUUGGAAUCGAUGAGCAAACAUCCAAAAGGAAUGCCACACAAGAGUUGUUUCUCCCUGUUUUUUCUUCACUGCUAGAUGCUCUUCUUUUUCGUGCUCAGAUUAUUGAUAUCGAUGAGCAUUGCACUGGCCGAGCAUCUUCCAUACCUGAUGGACUAGUACAGUUCAGGCUGAACCUGGAGGAGCUUCUUGUUGAUAUUUGUUUGCUUCUAGGUGCUCCUGCAUACAUUAAUAAGCUUCUUUCUAGCGGAUGGGGACUGGCUAGCCAAUCAAUACCUUGGAAAGAGGUAGAAGUUAGAAUGUACGCACUUAGUAUGGUUGCUGACACAAUUUUACAAGAUGGAAGCCCCUUCGAUUUUUCAGUUGUAAUGCACUUCGUGAACAUUCUGUCCAGCAGAACACCUGCUGAACUGAAUGGAUGCCAGUUCUUGGUAUACAAAUCGUUUGGUGAUGUCAUUGGUUCUUAUUCAAAGUGGUUAUCAUCUUCCAAAAGUAAUAUUAAGCCAUUACUCCUAUUCUGCGCUUCAGGGAUUUCAAAAUCCAUAUCAUCAAACUCUUGCUCUGUAGCUUUACGUAAACUUUGUGAGGAUGCUUCGUCAUUCAUCCACGAGCCUCCGAUUCUAGACAUUCUUUUCUGGAUUAGUGAGGGUAUGGGCGAGGGGAACCUGCGGAUAGAGGAUGAGGAAGAGAUCAUUAGUGCAAUUACACAUGCUCUAUGUUCUAUUCUCGACAAAGAAUUGAGGAAAACUUCACUGGCCAGACUACUUUGUUCAAGCUACUCAGCAGUUGAAAAGAUUAUUGACAUAGACAGAGAUGAAUUGCUAAGGCAAAAUUCUUGUGCUUACGCACAAGCCUUGAACAUCGCAGUUCGUGGACUUCACAGAACGGGUGCAUUGUUCAGUCAUUUGGCGAUGUCAAUUACAUCUGGUCUAAUUGAUGAUGAUACGAUUUCGGUUCUUUUCGGUAUAUUCUGGCCACUCCUUGAAAAACUUUCGCAGUCAUCUCAUAUGGAGAACACUAGUUUAUCUACUGCUGCUUGUCGUUCUCUUUCUUCGGCCAUACAUUCUUGUGGACAACAUUUCCAAAUUUUAUUACCUAAAAUUCUUGAAUGCUUAUCUAUGAAUUUCUUGCUGUAUCAAAGGCAUGACUGCUUCUUAAGAACAGCUGCCAACAUGAUUGAAGAAUUUGGCCACAAGGAAGAAUACAGUGUUGUAUGUGUCAGAACUAUUGAAACGUUUAGCUCUGCAGCUUCACUAUCAAAUUUGAAUUCUUCUUACACAUGUGAUCAAGAACCCGAUCUAAUUGAAGCCUAUGCAAACUUCACAUCUGCAUUUAUCCGCUGCUGUCCAAAGGAAGCUAUUGUCGCAUCUCGCUCGCUGCUUGAGCUGUCAUUUCAAAAGGCAGCUAUAUGCUCUACAGCAAUGCACCGAGGAGCAGCACUUGCAGCAAUUUCAUAUAUGUCAUGUUUUUUUGAUGCUAGCCUUACUGAUGUGCUGGAAUCUCCAGAAUGCCCCUCUGAUGAAUCACGUGGUGCGGUGCUGGUUCAAAUUUUGGCACGCUGUGGUGAAGGUCUUAUGUCUAACGUAUUUUAUGCUCUACUUGGUGUAUCAGCCUUGUCAAGGGUACAUAAAUCUGCAACAAUGCUGCAGCAGUUGGCGGCAUUGUGUAGCCUCUGUGAGAGAACAAUGUGGAAGGGGAUACUUUGUUGGGAUUCCCUUUGUGGGUGGCUGCAGACAACGGUGAGUUCUUUGUCCUCACAGUACCUAAGGCAAGGGGAAGCCGAGAUGAUAAUUCCAUUAUGGCUCAAGGUGCUUCAGGAUGCCGCCUCGGACUAUCUUCACAGCAGGACUGGCGACAAUUGCAGAAACCAUCCUGGUUACAUGCAAGGAAAAGGUGGAAGAACCCUUAAACGCGUAAUUCGAGAUUUUGCAGAAAGCCAUCGAAAUGUUCCCACCCCCUAUAUUGAUAGCAGGUGGAGCUGCCAUCAACAGUUAAGUUAAAUUUGUUGAAGUUUGAAUGGUAACCGUUUGGAAUAGCUUCCAUGAGAUAAAGAAGGUCCUUGCUUUGAUGUGGAAUGCAACAGCUCGCUUUGGUGGCACAGUACAGAAUGUUGAUCCCUAGGUUUUGUCUCUGUAUUAUCCUUCUAUUAACUUUAAGGAUGAUAUGUGUUAUUCAGAUGUGAUGACUGGGUUAGGAGCUCUGACCUGCGUUCUAUACCAAUGUAGUGAAGUAUGAGAGGUCAAUCAAGAAUGGUCGUCCCGUUGACCGUUCUUUAAGUUUCAGAAAAUAAAAAAGCAAUCCAUAGCCUCAUGCAACCUAGUGCUGAUGAGCAGCUACGGCAACAAUUAUGAUGAGAAGUUUGAAACAAGAAAGUGAAGAAGGUAUAUGUGAUAGUUGUGCAUAUUAUUCUUU